AUGUGGACUCAACUUAUUCGCUUAAUUGCGGGAGCCUUGCCAAUGGCUAUGGCCAUGGCUACCGCACCAAACCAUCCACUGCUUGUUACUCAAGACACAACUCUACCCGUCGCUAUACCUGACAUAACAGAUAAAGUGAUCGAUCUGGCCGACUGGUUCAACGGCGUCGGGGCUUUGAACAACAUCGACAACAUCCUGCAGCACAUGUCGACGCGCCCCAUGCGACGAUUCGGGGUCAAGCUAGCCUGGAUGCCCUGGGGCAGCGUACCCAGCCCGGUCAAGCCUCGGGCAACCAUGCCGCACGCUGAUACCGACCCAGUUAUUCGGGCUAGCAUCGACGUGAACGUCAAUAAUACUCCAGGGUGGUGCGUAGACGGCGUCGACGGUAGCGUCAUCUACUACAUCUUCCCAGACAACACCGGCUACCUAAUCGAUGGUACAGUCGACAGUUGGGACACCUUGACCGACAACAACGACGCGUGCAACUGGAUCGUCAACGACCAGCUGCGCAAGGAUGUGCCUAAGCUGAUCCCUAUGGUCCAGCGUGACUUGAUACAUCCUAUCUUCUACAGCUUUCAUCUGGGUGAGCACUUCGGCUCCUACUACCUCCUGCCGCAGUGGACCGGACACGUCGUCGACCCCGCCGACGUGCAACUAGUCCUGCAGCGCGACACAAUCGUCAGCCGAUGGAACAACUUGUGCAUGGCCGUGCAGGAUUACACGAGCGGCGGGCUGGUGCAGCAGGCGGCGUGCAAUAAUGGGCUCGAGCAGAAAUAUGAGAAGUUCCCUUUUUACUCGCCGCGGAUCUUCUCGAUCAGGAACCUCAGCAGCGGGAUGUGUCUGGGGAUCUCCGAAGGGUCCACUGCAAAUGGAGCGCUGAUCGCGCAGUAUCCUUGCGAUCCCAGCGACAAAAACCAACAGUGGGAGAGCGUGGACCCGGGCGUCGGCAAUGAGGUUGGUGCAAAAUGGCUGAUCAAUCUCCAGAGUGGCAAGUGUGUGGAUGUCCCCGCGUGGUCGACGACACCAGGCACGCUGCUACAACAGCUUGACUGUAUAGGGGGCUGGAAGGACUACUGGUACAAUGUGUAA